AUGGCGCGGUUAUCACUAAUUCUUUUGACUGGAAUUCGAAUGGUCCUGGCGCAACGUCUUCCGAGUGCGGAAUCCCCAGACCAGACUCGCCCACCAUAUGAGGGUGUUGUAGCCGUUCACACGCUCAUCGAAUGA